UGUGGCAGACCGGUUUCGAUUUAUGCUGCUGCCUGCGACAUUUCGCGGUUUCCUGUCGCGUUUUGGCGUAUGUUUUCCUUGCUCUCGUAGGUUGACGAAAGCAUUGUAGUCGUCGUCGUCGAUUUCGGGUUCUGUUGACUUUUGUUUGAUGUUCGGUUUUUGAUAAGACCGAGUGCAUCGAUGAGUUGUCGUUUUGGGUUGAAAGGGUUAUCAUUGCAUUUCGCUGGAAGCUUAGAGAAGUUUUGGGAGUGAUGAAUUGAAACCGGUGUGGAUGUGCAUCUCGGCGCAUUUUGAUGAUGCCGUUGAAGGAAACCUUUAAAAUCGGAACACCCAAUAAUGAAUGGAAACCUUUCAGUGGCAGUGCUCAGCUGAAGAGUUUAAAUGCAUAGUUAAUGAGCGGAAAAAUCGGCUGCUCCAAAACGGAGGAAAAAAUCAACGCGUGGUGGAAGUGAACCGGAAAAUGUUCGAAUCUGGGGGUACACACAGUUGGUUUAAAUCAAUUUCAUUGUGAUUUACGCGGUUCAGAAUGGUUCAUUGUGGCAACUUCUGAUUCUCGAUCGGUAAAUAAAUGGUGGAUAAUAUCGUUACGUGUUGAAUGUGGCCAUUGUGUUUAAUCUGGAACGGCCGGUGAUUUUUGUGGAAUAACAUAAUGCUGAAGUUCGGCAAAAACGAUAACCGUAGUACGAAUUCCCGCACCAGGAUGCUUCUGUUGAUGAUGAUGAAUUCGUAACGAGCUUCCUGUUUUUCAGUUCUCGAAACGCGAGCACAUCCGUGCUUCCGGAAGCAAUCUCGAUCUCGAGAGAGUAUCCACACGGAAAAAAAUAGUUGAAAAAUAUGUGAUAGAGCGCUGCUUGACGUGAUUGCAAUCAACAUGCGAUAAUCAUCCCCCCUAGGCAAAUUUGAUGGGGUUGUCGGGGAGGCAAAACUUGUAAAAAAAUAAUUUGCGAAAAAACCUUCGCCAGUAAUUUGAUUGGCAAGCAUCCUCCAAUGAGACGGGGAUUAUCCGUUAUUUGCUACAGUGAGUGAUCCCUUGCCCGAAUUUCUUCUACAUUCUGAUCCACACUAGACCGGAACCGAAUCGAAACUGAGAAUAUCGCAAAGUGUUAUAGCCAUCCAAGGAUUAAACCGAAGAAGACGUAGCAGUUUUUUCUAGAUCGUUUACCAAAAAGAAAGAGAAGAAGCAACAACGAAGGCAUCUGCAGCAACAACCACAACAAAAAAUAUUAUAAGAGUCGUGUCAGCGCCCAAAAACCGAGAAGGAAACAAAAAUAAGGAAGCACCCGACGACUCGAGGAAGUGAAAGGAAUUAAAAAGGAGUUGCAUUUCAAAAUAGAGACUCGGUGGCUGACGAUGGAGAAGGAAUAAAAGUCCCUCUCUAGCACUGAACAGCAAGACGAAAAACUGAAGGAAGAAGAAGUUCAAAGAUGCUGCUUGUCGUAAAUUUUAAUUGUCGGCCAGGAUUACCGCCUUUGGGGAAGAAAAGCUGUAAACUAAUUACAUAAUUGGGGGAAUUUACUUUCCUCCCCAGUUUUCCUUUUACUUCCGACUUGGCUCAUAGACCGACUGAGACGGUGGUGUGAAAAGGGAUUCCUAUACACAACAGAGUUUUAUUGGACCCGACGGAAAGUUAGGAAGUGAAAAGUCAGGAAAGUGUCUCCUGUGGGAAGGAUUUUGUUUUUAUGCAAAUGUGCGUUCCGAUGCCCCCUGUAAAACUAUUCUUGGAAGGCACGAGCCAGGGUUAAGAAUUGGAAAGGAUUGUAAGAGAUUUUUCUUUCUGAAUCGUUCCGAAAGAAAGUGAGCACGUGCUCGAACCUGCCCUUGGGAGAGUUCAAACAAUUACAACGGAUAGGACAAAGCUGGCGUCUUAAUGGAAAUCAGUCAUCGUUGUGCUCGGGUAGACAAUGAACGUACUCGAGUAAAUUGAAUGAGAUAAAAUUUCACUUCCUAGAAGAGCGCGUAACAAUCGUUAAGAUUUGUUUGAUGAAACAACAGGCAAACAGGUGGAAAAUUGAAAGGACCAGAGAAGAUAAAUCUUAGAAGGUCGAAGCAGAAUACAAGAUUUGUCUAUUUUGGAACAAAGGUCGAAACAAUUGCAAUCGAAAGUAUUCUAGCAAACAGUUUAUGAAAAACUGAAGUUAAGUCGAUGCUUGACAAAAUGAGGAAAAACUCAACGUGGUGGAACAUUUUUGCGUUCCUGGGAAUUGUGACUGCGCAUCUAGGCGAAGCAAAAGCCCUUGAGUACCCAAAAAUCACGGAACACCCACUGGACGUGAUUGUGCCGCGGCAUGAGCCCACCACCCUCAACUGCAAAGCCGACGGAAUUCCGGGCCCAACCAUCACCUGGUACAAGGACGGCGAACCGAUCAAGGCGGAACAGGGCUCGCAUAAAAUAUUGCUCCCUGCCGGAGGAUUAUUCUUUCUGAGGGUCGUGCACUCACGUCGGGAGAGCGAUGCCGGUGUCUACUGGUGCGAGGCCCGCAACGAACUCGGAGUGGCCAGAAGUCGGAACGCAACGCUGCAAGUAUCAGUUUUGCGUGAAGAGUUUCGACUGGAGCCUCAAAACACUCGGGUGGCACAAGGAGAAACUGCCCUGUUGGAGUGUGGUCCUCCAAAAGGCUAUCCAGAACCGGUGGUUUUUUGGCGAAAAAAUGGCCAAACCAUGGAUCUGAGUAGCUCUAAAAGAGUUCGAAUAGUGGAUGGUGGCAAUUUGGCUAUCCAGGAUGCCCGCCAGUCAGACGAUGGCCGCUACCAGUGCGUUGCAAAAAACAUCGUGGGAAUCCGCGAGUCGACCGUUGCAUUUUUGCGAGUACAUGUGAAACCGUUCCUGAUACGGGGACCCCAGAAUCAGACGGCCGUGGCCGGCAGCUCGGUCAUUUUCCAGUGCCGCGUGGGUGGCGAACCAGUCCCGGAUGUGCUCUGGCGAAGGUCAGCGUCCGGCGGAAAUAUGCCACUGGGUCGUGUUCACGUUCUGGAAGAUCGCAGCCUCAAAAUCGAUGACAUCACCGUCGAGGAUAUGGGAGAGUACAGUUGCGAGGCAGACAACGCAGUAGGAUCGGUAACCGCUUCCGGGAACUUGAUUGUACAUUCCCCUCCCAGUUUCAUCGUUCGACCGAAGAACCAAAUAGCCGAACUCGGUUCGGAAGCACUGUUUGAGUGUCAAGCAACCGGUCAUCCACAUCCGACACUGUUUUGGUCCUUGGAAGGUAAUCGAACCCUGCUGUUUCCGGGAACUCGUUACGGUAACGUUGAAAUAACUGAAAAUGCUGACGGAACUAGCAUUCUUUCUGUGAUCAAGAUCGAUCGAAUGGAUAACGGGAAAGUGGUUGUCUGUAGCGCUGUUAACAACGUUGGAAGCGUUAGCACCCGGGUGGUAUUAAGUGUAAACUUACAGGAUGAUCGACCUCCUCCGUUGAUAGUACAGGGACCGGUUAAUCAGACUUUACCUGUCAAAUCGGUAGCGGUUCUGCCUUGUCGAGCUACUGGAGUACCUGCUCCAGUAAUUUCUUGGUAUAGAGAGGGUAUACCUAUUUUGACUUCUCACAGGAUCAAUAUCACUGACUCGGGAACUUUGACGGUAUCAGAUCUUAGCAAAAACGAUGACGCAGGCUUGUAUACAUGCGUGGCAAGCAGUAAAAGUGGAAAAUCUACGUGGAGUGCGAUGUUGAAGGUGGAUACUCCUACAAACCCCAAUAUCAAAUUCUAUAGGGCACCUGAGACAUCCACGUAUCCGGGACCUCCGGGGAAACCCCAGGUGACGGAUGUUUCCGAGAGUACGGUUACAAUUUCUUGGGUCCGAAGCAAUGCCGUAGGAGCCUCAAGUUUGAUGGGGUACAUUGUAGAGAUGUUCGGACGAAAUGCCACAGAUGGUUGGGUCGAGAUCGCGAAUCGCUGGCUGGACAACAGUUUCACCCAGAGAGGUCUGCUCCCUGGAAUUACGUACUACUUCGUAAUUCGGGCGGAGAAUUCCCAUGGUAUUUCGCUGCCUAGUCCACUGUCAGAACCAAUAAUGAUCGGAAUGAAUGAAUUGAAUUCGGGACUGGAUAUGAGCGAAGCCAGGGCUAGUCUACUUUCAGGCGAUGUCGUGGAGCUUAUCAAUGCUACAUCGGUAGAUUCAACCUCUAUGAAACUUGUUUGGGAGAUCAUCAAUGGCAAAUACGUUGAAGGGUUCUACAUCUAUGCUCGAAAUGUAGACGAAGAUUUCGAAAAGUCUUACAGAGUUCUGACAGUUCUAAAUGCUGGGAGUGUCUCUACUUGUACCGUUGGGGGAUUGCACAAGUUCACCGAUUAUGAAUUCUUCAUCGUUCCUUUCUACAGAACUGUUGAAGGAAAGCCAUCAAACUCAAGAAUUUCUCAAACUCUGGAAGACGUUCCUUCUUUACCACCAACUGGCAUGGAAGCCUUGCUGCUGAAUUCUUCAGCCGUUUACCUGAAGUGGAAACCUCCUCCGAGCAAAGCGAUUAACGGCAUCCUACGAACAUAUCACAUACUGGUCCGAGGAUUAGAUCUCCGGUCCAAUUACACAAAAAUCCUGAGCAACGUUACCAUCAAUGCCACAACCCCAAAUCUGAUGCUAGCAAACCUUACGGAAGGAGUCACCUACACGGUCAGCAUAGCGGCCGCCACUUCUGCCGGACUUGGACCAUUCAGUAAUCCGGCGACUCUGCGGCUAGAUCCGAUCACCAAACAGCUGGAUCAAAGCUCCCAUCGGUAUCCGAUCAAUCAUGACAACAUGGAUGACAUUUUGACCAAACCUUGGUUUAUCGCCGUCCUAGGGACGAUCCUGGCCCUGAUGAUGCUUUCCUUCGGGGCCAUGGUUUUCGUCAAGCGGAAGCAGAUGCUGUUGAAGCAGUCGGCACUGAAUUCGCUGAGAAGCCACCACAGUUCCGGUGGGCACAAGUUCCCAACACUCCCUCAAAACAACGACGGCUACUGGAGCGACCCGAACAUUCUAUGGCGCCAACCCGGACCCGGUCACACGACGAAGGACCACAUCCAAGACUACGCACCGGUUUGCAAUGAAGGCGGAGUCGGAGUAGGAGGAGGAGGACAAUCGAGCCUAGCCAUAGAUCAUCACUAUCAGCAGCAGAACAAAAAUCUUGUCAACAGCAACAACAACAACAAUACUGGAAGAAGCAAUAGGUUUGCUGGUGGAUUAGACUACGGCGAAUAUCCGAGUGACUAUGCCGAGGUGUCAUCGUUCGGGCAAGGAGGUGCUCCUCCGUCUGAGGAAGGAAAGAAUUCUUCUCAGUACAGUGGAACCAGAUCGCCGGCUCCAUAUGCAACGACAACGCUAAUUGGAAACUCAAGAUUUAUUACCACCUCAUCUUCGAAUGGUGGCGGUGGCUACGGGAAUAUGUACUACAGUGGGGAUCUGUAUCCGGUGGUCGGAAUCAACGGCAAUCGUAACGUGUACUCGGAGUCGUAUUUCAAUCCGGCAGAAAAAAUCAACAUCACCGAGAACAAGCUGGCAUCGCUGAAUGUGGUCGCUUCUGGGAUGGGUUACCAGUUGGUUCCGAAUCAUAGCAGCAGCAGUGCCAGCAGUAGCAGCAGCACCGGAGGAGGAGGAAAUGGUGGUCAAGGGCGACCGGAAAUGGGCAAAAUCUUCAACCCGAACAAUAGCAGCAGUGCCAGCCAAUCGAUGCCGCAGACGCCGUUCGGAACGAUAAGGAAAAAUCGCUUCAAAUUAGCGAGAACACCGUUGACCAACCAGUUGAGGAUCAAUUUUGGGACCGCAGAUAGGGGCGGCGACAACGAAUAUGGUAAUCAAGCUCAGCCAAACCAAGCACAGUCGAAUCAGGCGAGUCCCCGGAAGAAAAUGUCCUCGCUCAACAAUCUGGGAGCCAAAGAGCAGCUGUACAUUAAGGUGGGAGAGAUGAAUCCACCCACAAGGGGAGGAGUUGGAAAUCACAACAAUAACAACAACAACAGCAGCAGUUGGAAUGGUCACCUGGCCAAUCUUCAGAUCUACCAGAACGCUGCCGAGGUCGCAGAAGACCCGGUGUACCAUCCUACCGGAAACCGCAGCGUCAUUAGCUAUCGCUCAGCUUCCGACUUCGAUUCAGAUGUCCUUUUGGGUGGCCCAGGGGAUGGCGUCUGAUGGGACGAAAAAGAGGGGCAGGUCCGACCCAAGCCAAGGUUGACUAUUUAUAAUAACUUAUUCUAGAAUUGGGAUCGGGGGGUGGAGAACCGCAAAUUGAACCGAAUCUGAUAAUCGGCUCGGAACGUGCCCUUUCUCUUUGCUUAGGAAGACUGACUGACCGAACGUACCGCAAUUCGAAAAUUCGAACUCGAAUGUAGGAUUGUGUUUUUGCGAGUGGGUGGCUGGAAGGGUUUGGGGGAUGAUUUGUGUUAGGGUUGAUUUGUGACUUGGUGUGGAUUAGCAACUUGUGAGAGUUGGUAUCCUUCGAGCAAAGGAUUGCAGCAGCACAAUCAGGUUAAAUGGAGAACCGCAAAUGGAAAGCCCUGGAUGGUGGUUUGCACAGACAUAGUUAAUGUUUGAAUGUUUUGUUUCAUUUAGGUUGCCAGAUAGCCCGGUUUUAUCCGGGUUUGUCCGGAUAUUUAAUACAAAAUUUGUAAACAGUCCGAAGUCCGGAUGCCCGGAUUUAUUUAAAAAU